CUGAAAGUUCAACAACUGGUGGUUCAACAACAACUGGGGCAUCAACUACAACUGGAGGUUCAACAACAACUGGUGGAUCCACAACAACUGGUGGAUCAACAACUGGAGGAUCCACAACAAUUGGAGGUUCCAACAACUACUGGUGCAUCAACUACAGUUGGUGCAUCAACUACAACUGGAGGGUCAACAACAACUGGUGCAUCAACUACAGCUGGAGGUUCAACAACAACAUCAGCAGCAACAGCAACAACAACAACCACAACUACUACUACUACUACUACUACUACUACUACUACCACUACUACAACUGCAGCUCCCCAACCAGUUGUAACUCUUGCAGCAACUUUGAAUGAACCAUUUGUACCUGAGCUCACUAAUCGAGAGAGCAUUCAAUUUAAGACUCUUGAAGCCCAAGUUGUUGUAGUGUAUGAUAUCAUCUACAGGGCAGCAUUUGGCAUUCGAUUCAUCCGCAGUCGUGUCAUAGCAUUUAGACCAGCUACAGCCAGAGCACGAGCUACUGUGAAUACUGAAGCAGAGGUGGCUGUUGAGUUCAACAACACUGUGUCACCUCAAGAAAUCCCAACUGCUGAUGUUGUUGCAAAAACAUUAGUAGAAGCUGUGUCUAACCCCAACAACACCUUCAACCUCACUGUUCAAGCUGACUCCAUCCAAGUAAUUCAAAGAAAUAUCACAUCAAAUUCAACAACACAAGCGCCUGCUUUGAAUACUACAGCUACAAGUGCUGCAAAUACAACUACAGCUACAACUACAGCUGCAACUACAACUACAACUAAAACUACAACUACAACUACAACUACAACAGCUGCACCUACGACUACAACAAUUGCUACAACUUCUGAGGCAAUCACAACAAAGCAGAUAACUUUCAGAUCUGUUGGAGAGACAUUUACAAUAGACUUGCAGAAUUCAUCAUCUGCAGCGUUUGUAAAUCGAGCCUCCCUAAUUACAUCAACGCUUGAACCUUUCUACAAACAAGCAUUUCCUUCAUUCCGCUUCUUGAAUGUGAUUUCAUUCAGUAAUGGAUCAAUCAUCAACAAUAUGAAUGCUGGCUUUGCAUCUACAUCUGUUCCUAAUAACACUGAGAUUGCAAAUGUAUUGAUGAAUGCAGCUUCAAAUAUCACAGCCUUCAACAUUGAAACCACCUCCAUCUCUGUGAAUGGCACACAAGUGUCAAGUGGAACAAGCCACAAGAUCAGCCUCAUCACUGCAUCCUGCCUGGUGCUGAUUUCAUGGCUGCUGUCAAAUCAGCAAUAGUGUCAGUGCUAACGUCCAGAAUAAACUCCAUCAGAAAAAUGACUACUGUCACUGGUAUGAAAAAGGACAUUGUUCUCAUCAAAAGUCCAAGACUUCUCAGGAUCACAAAUGUUAUUUGCGUACAAAUGCAAUAUGAACAUAUUGUGCUAUAAUGAUAUCAUUUGGAACCACUAUCCUUUAAAGUGAACAUAAAGAUAAGUCCUUUGAAAUGGAUAUUACCCAAAAUUAUUAAUAUUUGAUUAUGUUUUCUCCAUAUAGCAAAUGUCCAGUGAAUAAAGAAAGAAUUUUAUUCAAGAAAAACAUUAAGCCAAUAUUAUGCUCUUACCCUCAGGCCGUAAGAUUUAUGUUCAAUAUCAUGGCAUUUAUGAAAUAUAUAAUAUAUUACAGAUAUACAGACAGAUAUUAUAUAUUCUGAACUAUGUCCUGUAUGAUUAUCCAGUCAAUUUUCUUAUUUAUACUGUAUAUGGUACUGUAUUUAUGUUAUCAUACAUAUGUGUAUUCUGUGAACUUAACUCUAUUUUUGUCAAACUUUAGUAAAAACUACUCAGUCUUCAAGAUGAUCAGGAUACAAAAAUUAAGAAAAAAUGUCUUAACCAUUGAAAGUGGAUAUAAAAACAUGUAUUACUGUAUAACGAACAUGUUUCCAUUAAAACCUGCAGAUACA